CGGUUCUGUUGGAAGCAAAUAUUUGCACGUUUAUCAAAUAAUUUUUUUUGCUCUUACUCAUUGCGAAUAUCAUAUUUUGCGAAACUCAAAUUACAAAAAUAACAUUUAGUUUAAAGAAUUUUUUGCAUCAAAGGUUAAAUAAUUUUCGCCAUUCAAAUGGGAAACAACGCUAGGAUUUUUCUUCUUCUUCUUCUUCUGCAAGUUAAAAGUAUUUUUGCUGCUCCAAAUCAUUUUCACAUUGCAAUCAACGUAAAUACAACGUGGGUCGAUCUAUGCCCGAGUAUGGAUAUAUUUCGGAACGGAUUUUCACAUCUAAUAAAACAGGAUUACAACAAUAUCGUUUUUGCUAAUGAAAAAGAAAUGUGUGCUGAUGCAAAACAAAAUACGGAACAAGUAACUUUGGAUUACUUUGCGAUAACAAAAGGUGCUAAAGGCGCAACGCUGGAUAUCAAAGCGACACUGGCGGCAGAGAAAAAACUGUAUAAGGGCGCAUUGAUUGGGCGUUAUACGAUCCUGUCGUUCACGAUGAAAAAUACCUCAGGUGUUGAAAAAGUUAUCUACUCCACAAAGACAAUUCUUAUUGUUAUUGGUAUUGUUCUGUUGGUUUAUUUGAUUGGUCAUUUACUUAUUCUUAGUAUGAAGUCCUACAGUACGCGUACAGACUCAAAAGAACGGCCGUUGUCAUUUAUACUAGCAGCAGAGAAUGUUUAUUUCACAACAGAGGACGGCCCGCUUAGCUCAAAGAAAGCUGAUAAACAUAGACUGAUCUCAACUUCACGAAAAUCUGUUCUAAGCAAAACAAAAGGAUAUGUUGUGAACACUACGCAUAAGUAGCCACUAUAUGGGUGGUAAAAGGUGUUACCAAGCUAAAAUGGAAUGGAUUGGAGACGAAGUAGCUGACUUGGCGCGCCUAUAGAAUUGAAAUCAAAAUAUCUAAUUUUGCGCACACUUAGGCGAUAAAAUGUUAUUAUGAUGACGGCAUGACGAAAUGGUUGCGACCACCCUUAAAUCCUCUAUCAAGAUUGCCGCUUAUUUUUAAAAAGUAAAUUUUAGGACACUUCUGAUAUUUUUUCUCUUUAUUUUCAAACGUGGUUGGUUCCCAUAACCUGAACGAAAAAUAAUUUUUAUAAGAUAUUUUUUGUUAAACUUUGUAUGAGUUCUUCGAAGGAGUAUGUUUAUUUUCAGGA